AUGAGUGACACAUCAACGGAGACAACAAUGGAGGUGAACGCGGAGGCUCGGCGGAUUCUGGCGGUGUCCAUAAGCAAGCUCUACGCGUCCCGGAGCCAGCGAGGUGGCCUGAGACUCCACCGGAGCCUCCUCCUCUCCCUGGUUAUGCGCUCCGCCCGGGACAUCUACCACUCGUCGGCCCCGCCGGCCGAGCCCAUGGACACCAGCCCGGAAGAGCCGGUGGAGCUCGACCUGGAAUCGGGGCCUCAGUCGGACGAGACCCCCGCCGAGCUGAGCUCAACGGCGGGGGGAGGUGCGCACCAGGAGGCGGAAGAGGAGGAGGGGGAGCCCGCUGAGGACAAAGAGAACCAGAGCCCAACGCGGCGAUCCAGGAAGCGGCGGGGGAGAAUGUCGGUGGCGCCACACUUCCUCCCAAGUAAGAGGGCGAGACUCGAGCCCGGGGAGGAGCGGCACGCCUCGCCGUUGCUGCCGCCGCCGCCGCCGGCCAGCUGCCGAAUGGGCCCCCCUGAGACCCUCACCACGCUGUCCAUGAACUGGGUCAUACCGGCCUGCUGA